CACAGUAAAAAAUACUUAUAAAUGGAUGGCUAAGUAUCGUCUUUUUUUCUGAGACGAACUAUAAACAUGGGAACUUGUUUGAACCGUUCGAAGUUUGCCGCUUGUUAUGACUAAGUUUAUCUGGAAGACAAAACAUGAUCAGAUUAAUUUGUCUGGGAAUUUUACUGUUCGGAGUGGCUCAAAUUUUACCUGUCGAAUCGCGCUAUAACGCCAAAGAUAUCACUCUAAAAGGUAAUGCAAGUCAAAAGAAUAUCGUAAAGGUCCGGAACUCCAAUCACAAAAUAACGCGUAUAUUACCAACGGACAAAUCCGACGAUGACGAUGAUUCCGAUAAAGACGGCCGUGGAAAUCAUCAUGAUGAUCACAAUGUUCCAGAUAAUCAUAAUAAGCCCGAUGACAUCCGAGACCACGACGAUGAUGAUGAUUCUAAUGAUAUUGAUCACAAUCGACCUGGUGGUAUCCAAGAUGAUGGCAAUGAUGAUGAUAGUCUUAAUGAUAUCGGUGAUGAUAGCAAUGGUAAUGAACACCGCAUUGAUGAUGAUGAUAAUGACGAGGAUGAUGAUGGUGAUGAUGACGAUGAGGAUGACGAUGAUGAUGACAAAGAUAAUGACGAUGAUGAUGACGAUGAUGAUGACAAUAAUUAUGACGAUAAUGACGAUGAUGAUGACGAGGAUGAUGAUGAUGAUGAUGACGAUAGUGAUAACGAUGAUGAUGAUGUCCUGCUGGGCAGGACGAGCAGGACCGGUAGCUACGCCACUGAUGACGAUGGUGAUGAUGAUGAAAACAAUGAGGACGAGGAUAGCAAUGAGAAUGAUAAUGAUGCAGACAAUAAUAGAAAUAAUAAUGAUGAUAAUGAUGAUGAUGAUAAUGAUAAUGCCGAUAAAAAUGAUGCUGCUGAUAAUAACCAUAAGAAUGAUGAUAAUGGUGAUGAUAAUAACCAUAAGAAUGCUGAUGAUGAUAAUGACCAUAAGAAUGAUGGUAAUGAUGAAAAAGCAGAACAUACGAAUGGCAGUAGUGAAAAUGACAAGCACGCUACCAGGAACAAGACCAAUGUUUUACAUGUUCAUCGUGGAGGGAGCAAAAAAGAUCAGGAGAAGAAACGACUUCUCGCUGUUUCUGGCAAGAAUAAAACCGGGGGUAAAGACGAUCAUUUUAGAGUUGUGUUAUCAGCAGAAGCUAAACUGAAAGAGCACAAGAAAAUGGUAAACGGCUCUGUAAAAAAUAUAUUGUAUAACAGAAAAAAGAAACGUAUAAACGAAGCAACGAAUGUGGCUUUGAAGAAUGACAGUGGCGUGUCAGAAUUAUUCCAAUCUGAAAGUAAAUAUGAAUCUCCAGAAAUAAAGGAACCCAGAAACAAGAAUUAUUACAAAUAUUCAACCGCUCAAGCAAGUGACGAGAAACUUGUAAAAGAUACGGCUACAGCUGAUGAUGAUAUCCAAAGGAUCAAAGAUGAAGAUAACAAAAUUUCACAGCUUGUGGAGCUAGUUGGAAACACAGACGAAGAAAGAAAACAUCUGGAAGAGUUCGCUGGUUUUAACGACACCUGGAUGACAAAUCGCGGGAACCCCGUUGAUCAGAAGAGUGCCACGAAUGAAGGACCUCAAAAUGACAACGAGAAUACGAUUAGAAGAAACAGUUCUACCUCUGAGACUCUGUACGAUAUCAACCAUCGCGAACAAGAAUCUCUGUUUUCUUCAGCAAACGAGAGUAAUAGCUUAGACAUUGGUGCAGCUCCCUCAUCCAUACUGGCUCCCCAGUGGAGUACCGGAGCGGCCAAGCAGGGAAGCCAGGAAACAACUAAUACCUAUAAUACUGAUGGAACUCCUGGUGAGAACACGCUUACCAUAUACAACACUAACUACAAAAUUAAGCAGUUCCCCGGGAAUAUAGUCAGCGGGAGUUUGGUAAAGAACAAGGACUCGUCUGAUUUUCCGCAAAAUAGCACGACCACGAAUGUCACAGGAUCUUCUUUUCCACUGUCGGUACAGAACGAUGAAAGUUUGAAUAAUGAUAGUCUUAAUACUAAUGGCUCUCAUUACAAGCUUACCCCGUGGUCACUGAUGAGUAAGAGUCAAUCAGAAGAGAGUGAAGUUCAGUUAAACAAGACGAAAGAUAGCCACAAAGGAAUAGGAGAGGGUUUUGAAUUUGGUCGGCCAGGUCCGCUAAAUAAUAACGUUUAUGGUAUUGGUGAUGUACCUUAUCAAACUGGUUCCGUUAAUGAUCAGUUGUUCAACGAUAAACAGGGCUUUGGGAUUGCUGGUGAUGGUAAUAUACCCAACCAGAUUAAUGGUCAGACAACCGUUCUCAAUAAUGGAGUUGGAUAUUCACCUUCAAAACCUGCUUGGAACAACGUUCAGACAACCUUUCUUGAUAACGGAAUUGGUUCUGGAUAUAAUGAAACCACUAAAAAUUUGUCGUCAUAUGACAAUGAUACACGAUUCCAUGAUAGAAUAAGCGCAAACAUUUCUGUUCAUAGCAAUAGUAGUGGGAAUAUUUCGCACUCCAUCUCAAAUCACUAUGGUAAUGAUGGUUUAGUAAGCACCAGUAAAAUGUCCGGGAAUGCUAAACUAACACACCAAUUACAACACAUGGGCUUUCGUCCAAAUGGUAUUGGUUUAAAUCCUGCAGAAAGCGUUGAUCCAAUGAGGCCUAUCCAAAGUACUAAUCCGAUGGUUCACCCAAAAAACAAUGGUGAUCUAUAUAAUAAUACCCAGCACUCCGGUUAUGACAAUCAAAGUGGCGAUCCAGAUCUUGAUUUUGGCGUAGAUAUCAACGCUUUGGGUGAUUUUGAUGUCAGUGAUUGGUUAAAGAAGAAAUACGAAGGGAAAAGUCCGAACGAGGAACAAGAAAGCAAUUUUAAAGAGUUUAUUCGGAAAUUUUUUUCUCGUGAUAAUAAAGUUGAUCACAUUGAUGAAGGUAAUGGUAGUCACCUUUCUGAUGCGGACUUAUCCUCUUCGAUAAGGGAUGGAAAAGGAAACAGUCCGGAUUCUAGCCAGAGAAAACGACCUUCAACUCCACCUAAUUACAAGAAAUAUCCCAGAAAGCAAAAACUAUUAUUUGCAAGUGAAUCUCACCAUCUACCGAAAGCCAGAUUUCCUCUGAAGCUUGUUCCUGAGUUAUUUGAAAAAUACCGAAGUAGGUUGCAAACUAACGGCCAGAAUUCUCAUCGCAAUGAUAAAUUUAUUCAAACAAGUGGUUCUAACAGUUUGCCUCGGCCGACAGCGUUUACUUGGCAAGAAUUUCAAUCAAAAACCCAUCCAAUAACGCCUGAGAAGUUUCAACAAAAGGAAGCAGAAAAUAUAAAACAGCCACCUAAAAAUGGUCCAACGUUUUCUGCGAAUCGUUUGCAUCCAUCAAUUUAUACGGAAAGGGUGAUGAAGCCUGACACUGGUGAAGAGUAUCUUGCUAAAUUUAAAUUCCAGGCAGGCAAUAAAUCCUCUCCUGACGAGAUGAAUGCUACACUUGACGGGAUAAAGGGCCAUGUUAUCAAACCUAUCUCAAAUCCCUUUUUUCCACAACAUAGACACUUUUUGAGGAAAUCUAACAGACAAUAUUCACAUUUUGGCUUCUUGAACGGAGGGUAUAUGCCAGGCGGUGUUAAAACAGGUCAUCACGGAGAGGAGCAUGGUCAUGGCGGAAACUUGUUUGAGAAAGUGGCCAAUAGUGGUGGCAAUAUUCCCUUGGGGAACAAUAAUUGGGGUUGGUUUAGCAGGAAUUUUGGUGGAGGUGGUAGCAAUGGAGGAUAUACUGGGUUUGGAGGAAACUCAACUAAUAAUGGAUCAAUGUGGGGAUCACGUUGGGGUAGAUUCGGGGGGAAUAUGAGUGGUGGUGGUGGUUAUAUGGGAGGUGGUAACAUCGGAGGUGGUGGUAUGGGUGGGGGUAUGGGAGGUGGAGGUAUGGGUGGAGGUAUGGGAGGAAGAGGUGGAGGUUUUGGAGGAGGUGGUAUGGGUGGAAGUAUGGGUGGUGGUAUGGGAGGAGGUGGUAUGGGUGGAAGUAUGGCAGGAAGAGGUGGAGGUUUUGGAGGAGGUGGUAUGGGUGGAAGUAUGGGUGGGGGUAUGGGAGGAGGUGGUAUGGGUGGAAGUAUGGCAGGAAGAGGUGGAGGUUUUGGAGGAGGUGGUAUGGGUGGAAGUAUGGGUGGUGGUAUAGGAGGAGGUGGUAUGGGUGGAAGUAUGGGUGGUGGUAUGGGUGGUGGCAUGGGAGGAGGUGGUAUGGGUGGAAGAAUGGGUGGUGGUAUGGGAGGAGGCUUUGAUGGAAGUAUGGGUGGUGGCAUGGGAGGCGGAGGUAUGGGUGGAGGUAUUAUGAAUGGUGGAAUGGUUGGAGGUAUGGGUGGAGGUAUGGGUGGAAGGAUGGGUGGAAGGAUGGGUGGUGGUAUGGGUGGCGGAGGUAUGGGAGGGGGUAUUAUGAAUGGUGGAAUGGUUGGAGGUAUGAGUGGCGGCAUGGGAGGAGGAGGUAUGGGUGGUGGUAUGGGAGGAGGCAUGGGAGGAGGAGGUAUGGGUGGUGGUAUGGGAGGAGGAGGCAUGAGUGGAGGUAUGAGUGGCGGCAUGGGAGGAGGUAUGGUAGGGGGAGCUAUGGGAGGUGCGGCUGGUGGAGGUGCUUUUGCUGGUGGUGCCAUUGAGACUGCUGCUGGCGGAGGGGCAGCUGGAGGCGGUGCUGGUGGUGGUGGUGGUGCUGCAGGUGGUGGUGCUGCUGGUGGUGGUGCUGCUGGUGGUGGUGCUGCUGGUGGUGGUGCUGCAGGUGGUGGUGCUGCUGGUGGUGGUGCUGCUGGUGGUGGUGCUGCUGGUGGUGGUGCUGCUGGUGGUGGCGCUGGUGGUGGUGGAGGUGGAGGAGGAUCUCAUUUUAAUGGCGAUGCAUGUUUCGGAAGUCCAAGCGAUGACAAGGAGGACAAUGCUUUUCCUGCAGCAAUGGACGUUGUUUUUCUAAUCGAUGCUUCCAAGUCUUCUUUGUUUAAGGACAUGAAAGAUUUCAUUAAAUCAUUCUCACACAAAUUUGUUGUUGAACCUUCUGCAACUCGCGUUGCCUUGAUAACAUACGGCUCAGACGCUUCUAUACUAUUUGGCUUUACUCGUUACUGUUGCAGAAAAGAGUUAGAUGAUGCUCUGGAUGAGUUGGAAUAUCCAUCCUUUGUCGCGCGAAGAUCUAAGACAAGUUUUCAGGAAGAGCAUAAAGGUAAGAGAAAUCAGUCAUCACCCAGCGACCAAGAUAUGUCAAAGAGAAGGCAUAUUUCUACCGCUUUUAAGAGAGACGACAGCACGAAAGCUGCCGUGUUAGGUCGAGGACUUCAAACGGCUCUGGUCCUUUUCCACGACCCAACCGUAAGACCAGAUGUUCCUCACGUUCUCAUCGUCGUCAAUUACGCUCCCUCUGCGGACAAUUUUCUUUUACCAUCGUAUGCUUUGAGGCGCGACGGCGUAGACAUUUUUGGAGUCGGAGUUGGCGAGUACUUUAGCAAGAUGCAAAUGUUGUGGAUGACCAGUGUUCCGAAGUUUCGUCAUUUGUUCAAAGCUAAAUCCUCUUCCCAACUGAAGUGUCUUGCGGCCAGCGUUAAAGAUAAGGUUAUACGAGAUGUUCAGUCCCGGCUUUGUCCAGCAUGCUUCCAUGAUCCAAACCAUGUCGCCUGCAUAUCGUGCGCGAACCAUGGUGAUAACGACGCAACAAUAACCGGUCAACUUAUCCAACAACCACCUGCUCAGUUAUCCCUUCCUAUCCAUACUUAUCCUAAUAGAGUCCUUACACCACAACAGAUGUACCCCAUGUUCCCCAACCCAAACAUGGGAUUUCUUAGACCAGGCUUGCUACCAAGGCUCGGAGCUAUACCAUUUAGAAUGCCUUCAAGAAUCAGCGCUCCAGUCUCUGAUCAACCUCUACAGAUAGCUUCAAGCCCUGUGUUAGACCUAAGCUUUCUUAAUAAAGUUCCACUGCAUGGCUCAUCAUCAUUCUCAUCUGGGUUUUUUCACGUUCCACUUCAACAUGGUCCAGCCGUAUCAGGUUCUUUCCGUUCAAAGGUUAAUGGGGCUCGUGUUCGUAAAUGUUUAAAAAAAUUUCCAGCAAAAUGCAGAAAUGCCGUUAAGAGAGGACUGUGUGAAGAUAAGGAAAGUGAAAAGUUCUCAAAGAAUCUGCGGAACAGUUGUAUAAAAUCGUGUACCAUGUGCAAAAGGAAUUUAAAAGAGCUUCGCGGCAACACAAAGGUGAAAUUGAGGCAAAAUGACAAUUCACCACAUCAUGAUAAACCAUCAAGUGAUGCUUGUGGACACGCUUUGUUGUGCAAACACAAAAGAAAAUUGAAAAAAAGGAAACCAAACGUAAGACAUUGAACAGUUGAGAACAGAUUCUCGUACAUGGAGGAGAGGAAGUAUUGCCAAUCGAAUAAGGUUCUACGAUACGGCCAUAACAAUGCAUUACAUAUAGAUCUUAUUAGCAUUCGCUGAAACACAAUUUGAGUGCGACUUAUCGCGUCCUUAACUUUACUUUCGUUUGGGUUUCCUUACGCCUUUGAUAGUGGCAAUUUGACAAUGAUAAACAAACCACUACCGCCCGCAUGGCAGGCUUUUUGCGGUAAAAGGGACUGCUUGUGGGCCUAAAACGUAUUACAGUUUUAUACAAUUUUGUAGCCUUUUGUAACUUCAAACACAGGUAUUUUGCAGUUUAUAACAAUAGACUAUGUUAGGAAUAUUAUAUAAAAUCUAUUGA